UUCCUAACCCUUCAACAUCUCUUGAUUACUCGAGUACUUGUCUUCUCUCCUCCAUCUACAUCCCUCCAUCUACAUCUACCUCUCAUCUCACCUCAUCUCAUCUAAUCAACUAUGGCAUCCCUCAUAACUGGUAUGGAAGCUAGCAAAUCAGUCAUCCAAACCUUUGCAAGACCUAUCUUCUCCUCCACAGCGAAGAUAGCAACGGAAUGGAUACCAAAGACCUCUCCUGUCACUAGUAUUUGCGCGGUGGUAGCAACAAUAGGGGGCGUGAUGCUCACUGCGCCGGGGGCGGUUUCGGGGGCUGUGUUGCCAUGUUUGGGGUUUGGGGCAGGGGGUGUUCAGGCUGGAUCGAUAGCUGCUGCCAUCCACACAUUCAUCGGGAAGGUUGCGGGGGGGAGUCUAUUCGCGGUGUUCCAGAGUGCCGGGGCCGGGGGAGCGGGGAUUUGGAUUGUGAAUGCGGUCGUGCAGGUUGCGGGGGCGGUUUUUGGUGUUGGUGUUGGGGUGGUGGGGUGGGCUCGGGGAUGGUUCCGGUGA